GGAACACCAGCUAGCUAAUCUGCUCUCUCGCUGCAAGUGCGCACACACCCACCCACCUGACCAAAUAUAUCCAUCAUAUAACAAUAGAGAGGGAGAGAAAGAUCAUCCAUUCAUCGACUACCAUGGCCAUUUCUCUGCUGCCUUACACCGCCUCGGCUCUGCUUGCCAUCGUCAUCGCCGUCGCCAUCGCUGUCGCCCCUACAGUUGUUCGAUCGGACCAAGAGCCUGGGCCCAGCAUUGAAGCCAUCAACGCCACAUGCGCGACUGCUACGUACAAAUUUGAGUGCACCCAUCUGCUACUAAACAACCUGGAUGUCAGGACGCCUCAAGUGAAGGACGUGAUCGCAAUGUCAGUCCAAGUCGUCGCCAAGAAGGCGGCGGAGGCGGCCGCAUUCGCCAAGGCCAUCAAGAAACCCUCCAAGUGCGUCACCGACUGCCUCGACGACCUCGCCGUACUAUCCAAGCACAUCAAGACG